GGCUUUUCAAAGUGGUGCGUAACUGGAGAUGAAGGAUGUCAAGCCCUAUCCAGUUGAUCCAUCUUAUUCUGACCCGCCAGUUAUCGAGACAGACUAUUCAACAUGGGGAAUAGUCAAAGCUGUUCAGUAUGGAAUUAUAAAACGAGUUAUCGAGCUGGUAGAGCCACCAGAUUCACAACUGGUGGGUUACGAUGUCAACCAACUAGAUGAUGAGGAUGUCUCACUAUUACACUGGGCUGCCAUAAACAACCGUUUAGCCAUUGCUCAUUAUCUUCUAUCGAAAGGUGCGAUAAUAGAUAGACCAGGUGGUCAUCUUGCUGCAACCCCACUGCACUGGGCUAUUAGGCAAUCACACUUAAGUAUGGUACACUUCCUUAUGCAGAGGGGCGCUGAUCCAAUGUUUAUGGAUAACACUGGACUAGGAUGUUUUCAUGUUGCAAUACAAAUGGGAAAUAUUCCAAUUAUCGUUUAUUUGCUUUCUCAUGGGGUCAAUGUUGAUACUCGAGAUGGCAAUGGUCUCACUCCAUUAAUGAUAGCUUGUAUGCAUGUACGAUCAGUUGAUAUAUUUCGUCUGUUAAUCUCAUAUGGUGCGAAUUUGCGAUUAACUGAUUCACAUGGCAACACUGUAGCACAUUAUUCUGUUCAGUUUGCUAAUUUUCAAGCCGUUGUACAAUUAGACAAAGGUGAUAUUGACUGGAAUGCACUAAAUGAUGAAAGCAAAACGCCGUAUGAGGUUCGUGUAGUCCCAUGGUUAACAGAUCGUGUCAAACAAAUGGCUACUGUACAGAGCAUGAUGAAUUCAUCGCACCGUUUCUCUCGUUUAGGCUUAUCUAUGCUACAUUAUUCACCUGUAUGGCGUCAACGAAUAACAAUUAUGCUUCCACCAUUAAUUCUUAUUACUUGCGGUCUGCUUAUAAAUUGGGAUAUACCAUCCACAUUAUAUCAUUUAAAUUUUAUCAAUCAAUCGUCAAAAAUUUCAUCAUGGAUAAUAUAUUCCACUAAAUUUCUUUUAUUAAUAUUAUUAUCAUUCAUAGCACGUUUUAUUAUUGAUCGAUUCUCAGAUCAUAAGUCACAGGCUGUAAUGUUAUUCAGUUUAGCAACAAGUACAACAUUGUUAUUAACUAUAACAUAUUUAUUUCAUAUUACAUUACAUACACCAAAUUAUUGGAUAUUACAUUUUUGGUUUCUAUUCUUUAUUACUAUGCUAUGGACAACAUUUAUUUUAUGUUGUACAAAAAAUCCUGGUUACGUAGAUGAUGUUAUUAAAAAAGAAUGUCAACAAGAAACUAUUGCACAAUUACUUGAUGAAGUCUUAACUCAUACAAAUAAUUUAACAUUAGCUAAUAAUAAUAAUAAUAAUCAAGAAGAAUCAUCAUCAUCGUCAUCAUCAUCAUCAAUAUUAUCCAUCAAUCCAUUACAACGUUUUUGUACAACUUGUUUUAUACGUAAACCAUUAAGAUCAAAACAUUGUUCAACAUGUGAUCGUUGUGUAGCACGAUUCGAUCAUCAUUGUCCAUGGAUAUAUAAUUGUGUUGGAAUGAUGAAUCAUUUUUAUUUUAUUAUAUAUUUAUUAUCAACCAGUGUUUCAUGUAAUCUAUUUAUGUUGGGUAGUAUUGUUUAUUGGCAAAAUGAAUUUAGUUGUUUAUCGAAUACAUCAUUAACAUCUGAGAAAACUGAUCUACUUACAACUAUAUGGUCAUAUCUAUUAUGUAAUCCAUGGAUUACAUUUUGUUUUAUCAAUGGUGCAUUUUAUUCAUUUUGGACAACAUUAUUAUUUUGUUCACAAUUUUAUCAAAUGGUAUGGUUAAAUGCAACUACAAAUGAACGUAUUAAUAUGGAUAGAUAUGUUGAAUUUAAUACCAACAACAACAACAACAACAACAAUACUACUACUACUACUACUAGUACUACUACUACUACUAAUAAUAAUAGUAGUAAUAGUUCUAUAUCAUCUAUAAAAUAUAAUCGUCCAUAUGAUCAUGGUAUAUGGCGUAAUCUACUUGAUUUAAUUGGUUUACCUGGUUUUAUUAUGAAUUCAAAUAAACCAGUUGAUUGGAGACAAAUACAUCAAAUGGAACAAUUAAAUAUUCAAUCUUCAAUAUACCAUAAUCAUCAUCAUAGUGAUAAUAAUGAUGUAGAUAAAAAGUUACUAGAUUGGUCAAUAUAAGUUUUUUUUUUCUUUUAAAAAAAAGAGAAAAAAGAAAAAGGGUGGAUGUCAUUUUCAUUAUUAUCAGUGUUGUAUAUAAUAUAAAAUGUUUUUCUCUUUUUUUUCUUUUUUUUGUUUGUUUGUUUCUUUUAUUGACUGCUCAAUGAUAGUUUGUUUUUAACACUUUCAUCAUAUUCUAACAGUUAGUAACUAUUUGUCAAUAUUACAAAUGAUACCCUUUUUGAAUUUUGUGGGAAAAAAAAGAGAGGAAAAAGAAAAUUCUUCUCUUAGUUUAUUGUUUAUGAUAGUUUUAAUUGGUUUUUAAUGUUCUUUUUUCGGGGGGUAAAUUUUCAUCAAUUGGUUGUAUUUAUAUUCGUUUAUUGAG